AUGGACGAGGAGACCGAGAAGCUAAUGGAGCGUGAACGCUCGUGUAUUUUCGAAGUCCGCAAUGAGCAGGCCGACCUUUGUCGCCAACGGGGCUCUGUGCACUUCCAGGCGGGCAAGAUCGACGAGGCCAUCAAGUGGUACGAGCGUGCUCUAUACCACGUGGACUUUGAUGAGGGAACGUGGCAUUUCGAGUUUACCGACAAGAACCGAGCCGAUGUGAAUGUCGUGCGGCUACCAGUGUACCUGAAUCUCGCAGCUUGUUACUUGGUUCAAGGAGCGCCGAAAGAUGGCGAGGUGGACAUGCAGUCGUUGGACAAAGUGGUCGAAAACGCGGAGUUGGCACUCGCCAUUGAUCCGGAAAAUGAUAAAGCGCUCUAUCGGAGUGGACGCGCGUUAUUGCUCACGGGGCAUCUCGAGGGAGCUAAGGCGAAGCUCACUCGAGCUGCAAGUCACCACCCAACGGAUGUGAAUAUCCGUAAAGCCAUGACGAUGUUGAAGGAGAAAGUGGCGGAGCAGAAGAAGGAGGAGAAAAUGCGCUGGGGUGGCCGUCUGCUGGGUAAGACCGAGGCAGCCGAGAGCAAAGCUGUUUCCAAGCAGCGUUCGCUGCAGCUGAAAAAAACGUCCGAGUUUAGUCACGCGCUGUGGAUGGCCGCUGUUGUGCUCAUUGGUAUCGCAUUGGCUCUCGGCCAACUUAGUUUUGUGGAGUAG